AUGACGAAUUUCCAUGAAUAUUAUUCAGAACUUCUCAAAAAAUUACCUCUUUCUAUAAAAAAAAAUAUAUGGAAUCGUCUUAUAUCUAGAUUACAUAAUCCUUUAUCAGAAGAACAAGCAAGUAGUAUUCAUCCUAAUAUUGAAGUAUUGCUAAUUAGUGAAGUUGAUAAAUAUGAAAAGAAAAAAAAUCGGCAACGUUGUAGACCCAAAGAAGCAUUGCUUCACAAUAAUCUUUCAGACGAUACUAUCUUUACUAAUAUCCAAGUUAAUGCUAGAAUCAAAGAAGCUACAGAUAAUUUACGUCAAGAAUUUAUUAAAUCUACUGAAGAAACUUUAAAAACUAUUAAGCAACAGAAAGAUAUAGAAUGCAAUCAAAUUAAGAUAGAUAUGGCUAAUUGGA